CAAAGAAGCAGGGUAAGCGCCAAAACUAAUACCUUUACCUUUUCUCCAUCCAACGGACAGUAACCCACUUGAGCCACCAAGAUUGAUAUGGAUCGUCCGAUGUGGUAAGGUUGAGGAGAUUUGUUUAUAUACGAAUCGUCUCCUAACCGAGGCGUUUCUUUGUUGUUAGAUUAUAAGUUGCAGGUUGUUUAUGCAUCUUCUUCACCCUUCUUCUCUCUGUUUCUGCCCUUUUCAUGUCUUUCUGGGAAGUGGCCACCAUUGUCAAUAAUACACACUCUGCAUUCAUCAAUUGAGCACCCACUACAGAAAGAUAGGCCAUUGUAAUGGAGUCAAUGCGGGUGCCGCCGUGGCUCGAAUCGCUUCUCUCCACAGCCUUCUUCGCUGUUUGCCGGAUACACAGUGACGCCGCCCGGAGUGAAUGCAAUAUGUAUUGCCUUGAUUGUAAUGGAGAUGCAUUCUGCUUCUAUUGCUGUUCGUCUCGUCACAAGGAUCAUCGCGUAAUACAAAUAAGGCGGUCAUCGUAUCAUGAUGUGGUGAGAAUGGCCGAAAUCCAAAAGUUUCUUGACAUCAGUGGAGUGCAGACUUAUGUGAUAAACAGUGCCAGAGUUAUGUUUCUUAAUGAGAGGCCACAACCCAAGACUGGUAAAGGAGUGUCUCAUAUGUGUGAGAUAUGUGGGAGAAGCCUCUUGGCCCCAUUUCGUUUCUGUUCUUUGGGAUGUAAGCUUGUAGGAGUAAAGAGGAAUGGGAAUGCGAGCUUUAGCUUAGAAAGCAAGAAUGAGGAAAUGAUGGAAAGAGGAGGAGGAGAAGGGAUAUCGAGAAGAUCAAUGGGGAGAGUGGAAGAUGAAGGGAGCCCACAUGACAUAUACCCUUCCACUCCUUCUCCUCCUACUACUACUCCUCCUGCCAAUAAUCCAAGAAGAAGGAAGGGCAUUCCACAUAGAGCACCCCUUGGGCCUUAACAGUAGAGUCUGAGAAGGAAAGGCGUUUUCCUGAAUUCCUGCAAAUUAAGACCAAGGAGAA